AUGGCACUCAACCGCAUCAAAUCUCACGGGCCAGGCCAUGUCGCGAUUGACGACGUGAAAAUCGGCAACGGGCCAUCAAGCGACGUCAUAAGCGACGGACGCGUGCGGGUCCAGUUCCACGACAACCCGCAGGCGCUGGCGACAUGGUGCGACCGAUUCCAGGGGUCCUUUGCCGGCGAGCUGCCAGGUGUUGAACAUCUGGAGCUUUCGAAGCCGCGAAGGACGAACAGCAUCGCGUUUCUGCCAGACGUCGAGAAGCCAACCUGCGGCCCGCGUCUUAACAUCGCCAUCCAUAUCGUUGGGUCAAGAGGCGACGUCCAGCCAUUCAUUCCUAUCGCUCAAAUACUCAUGAAGCCACCGCACGGCCAUCGCAUCAGAAUCUGCACCCACCCCGUCUUUAAGGAUUUUGUCGAGGCACAAGGCGUCGAGUUCUUCAGCAUUCGCGGCGAUCCAGAAGCUCUGAUGGCAUAUAUGGUCAAGAACCCUGGCUUAAUCCCUAGCCGGGAAAGCUUUAAAGGAGGGGAGGUGGGCAAGAGGAGACGAGAGAUGGCGGAGAUUAUCAAUGGCGCCUGGCGGAGCUGUAUCGAGGCUGGUGAUGGAAUGGGAGAGGGAGUAACGGCGGCUAAUGUCCAGUGUGCAGAGGACCUUUUCAUCGCAGAUGUCAUCAUAGCUAAUCCGCCAUCCAUGGCUCACAUUCACUGCGCAGAGAAGUUGAGCAUUCCGCUACAUAUGGUCUUCACCAUGCCUUGGUCACCAACGAAGGCAUUCCCUCAUCCCUUGGCUGCGAUGAGUUACGGAGAUGCUGAUGCAAGAGUGGCCAACUACCUUUCUUUCAUGAUGACAGACCUCGGAGACUUGAUCAACAAGUUUCGCACCCAAACGCUACACCUCGACCCGGUCAGCCCAAUGUGGGGGUAUCAGCUGCUCUCGAGGCUACGAGUCCCAUAUAGUUACCUCUGGUCUGAGUCUCUGCUACCUAAGCCAUUCGACUGGCCUUCUCAUCUCAACAUCACAGGGUUUUCCUUUCUACCCCUCGCACAUUCGUACACGCCUCCUCCAGACUUGGUCGAAUUUCUCGAGACUGGUCCAAUUCCAAUCUAUGUUGGAUUCGGCUCUAUUGUUGUGGACGAUCCGCAAGCUCUCACUCAACUCAUAUUUCAGGCCAUCGAGAUUGCCGGUGUUCGUGCCAUCGUGUCAAAAGGCUGGGGGGGUGUUGGUGCGGGAGGUGACGUCCCUGACGGUGUGUAUCUCAUCGGCAAUUGCCCACAUGACUGGCUUUUUCAGCGCGUUUCCGUGGUUGUGCACCAUGGCGGUGCAGGUACGACGGCAGCUGGCAUCGCCGCUGGUCAACCGACAGUAAUCAUUCCUUUCUUCGGUGACCAACCUUUCUGGAGCCAAAUGGUGGCAAGGGCUGGUGCCGGCCCGACAUCCGUACCAUUCAAGGAGUUGACAGCGGAGAUUCUAGCAGAGAGUAUUACCUUGGCACUGCAACCAGAAGUUCAGGAGGUGGCACAAGAGAUGGCAGGGCAUAUUGCAGAAGAGGAUGGAGCGGUCCAAGCGGCUAUGGAUAUCACUGAUCGCUUGGAAGUGGACAAGCUGCGCUGCGAUAUCUGCCCAGAGAGGCUCGCAACCUGGCUUCACAGGAAAACGGGAGCCCAUCUCAGCGGUUUCACGGCUUCCUGUCUUGUUGACCAAGGGUUGAUUCAACCAGCAGACCUCAAGUUACUUCGUCAUAAGCACUGGUAUGUGGAUGAAGGCGCCGAGGAGCCCAUCACCGGCGUCAUAGCUGCAGCCUCGGGCUUUGUCGCCGCCGUGGGUACCGCAACAUCUGACUACUUGCAACGGUUGAAAAUUCCGGCUCCACCGAGGCCGUCAAGGAGACGCUUGAGUUCAAAAAGACACUUCACUCCUACAGAAGAACACCAAGCUCAUGACGGCAUCUUGAGACCUGUCAUCGGACCGGCUGCCCUAACGACUAUGGAGAUGGAGAACAUCGCAAUAAGGUUGGCUACUAAGUCACUUCGUAACGGUGAUCCGACUAUAGCGGCCUCUAACAUAGUACCUUCUAUCCGCAACAGGCACAAGGCCUCGUGGCGAGCUCAUGAAGAAGGCAAAAACGGCCGCGCUUACUACGUCAUCCGUGCCACCGGAAGAUAUGCAUGCGACUUGGCCAAGGCCGGCGCCAAAGCUCCCGUGGCACUCAUCUAUAACGUCGCCAACGGGUUUCACAACGCCCCAUCACAUGGGUUUGCUGGCAUAGAAGUGCGACGGCGCGAUGAGAUCACGGGACUUGGAAGCGGACUUAAGACAGCUGGGAAGGAGUUCACGUUAGGGAUUUGGGAAGCCUUCAGUGGGCUGGUUACAAAGCCUUAUAACGAUACCAAGCAACGAGGCGCAAGGGGCUUAGGUAAGGGUAUGUUGCGCGGUGGUCUGGGAUUCAUCAGUAAUUUGGGCUCCGGUGAGUAUUUUCUAUAA